GAUAGGGACAAGCUUCUAUUACGAAAAUCGUCUCUCAGUUUUCACAUUCGCAUGCCCCUCUGACGAGAGUGAGUGGCUUAAAUUAUUGGAAGUCCACACGACCGUCACAUGCAGCACACCGGGCUAAUCCUGGAUUGACUGGUCGUAAAAUCCGUCUGUGAGGUCAACGUAAAAACCCUCGCCUGAACUCGGAAUUUAAAUACAGGAAGUGAGUCCACCGAGCGCAGCUCCAGCGCCAGGGGGAUAACUCUCAAUUAAGCGCGUGUAGUGAAUGCAUAAUCAAUUUCAGCAAUAUGUUGUUGCCUUAUAAUGAACUCGGACAGUCGUGCCUAGUGGUGGAAGAUUGUCGUCAAUAUGCCUACACGUGUGACAACCAGAGCAGAGCCUGCGAUUGUUCCGAGGGGUACCGACCGGACGAACCAGCCAAGAUAUGCGUAGGAGACGGUGCAACUACGACAGCCACUGCAUCCCGAAUGCUUACUGCAAGGGACAAACGAUCUGUACGUGCAAACGGGAAUUUGGAUAUCCCUCGUUGGAUAAAUGGUCAUGUCAAGUGUCAGCAGCAGGAGCAGCAGCAGCCGGCUUGUUCCGGUCGUCAAUGCAACUUCGGAUGCCGGCGGGGUUGAUGGCGCCUCUGGGCGCACCAACCGGAGCAAUCAUUAUUCCUCUAGUUCUCGUUAGCAGCUGGCAGUUGAAAAUAAAUUUAUUUACAGUUUGAUUGGAUUAAAAAUAAGCAUUAGCGAUCGAAGCAGCGAACAGACGCCUGCCUCCACUCCGGAAAUGGGUACUAAGUGUGGAUCCCGUCUUGCAUCGCAUCGUCUCGGUCCUCCGAUCGGUUAAGCUGGGAAUGCCUUCCGGAAAUAGUUCCGUCAGGAAGAACAACGUGUUUCUGUUGCUAGUGCUGCCACUGCCGCAAUCAUACAUUACGUAUUGGCGCAAGACAUUCUAUUUUUUGUUGUUGUUUUCAUUCAGAAAUGGCUCUCGGCAUCUCUACAGCCAAAAUUUCAAUCGCGAUAUGCACUGGUAAAAAUUGACGUGAGAGGUAACAAUAUAAAUUUUAGAUAAGAAAAAAUAAAAACAAAACUGAGCACAGAGUUAAAAUAACUCAUGGCUAUUAUGAAUCUUUUAAAACCAACAACAAUAGCUUGUGUGAGACCAAGACCGAAAAUCUCCCUUUCGCUCACAGUGUCUCAUUGAGCCUCGGAUUUGCAGCGGGAACAAUUGCAACACUUUUCCCGAGCCAUCCUGAGGGGCCACCGGAUGGACGCCAACGACGCUUUCCAA